ACAGUUUCAUUCAAGAGACAGCUCGGUUCGGUCAUAUAAACGGAAAGGUGUCGUGUGUCUGUACCUCAAGAUUGGCAAUUUUUUAGUUAGUGCAGGUGCGUGAAAAAAUUGAAAUUUUCACGAUUCCAAGUGAAGUUUUCAGUGGUAUUUUACGGGGAUUGUGUUGCUUAAAGUUCGUGCCUAUUCCCGAUUAAUUCAGUGUGGCAGCAAAAGUGUUCCAUUGGUUUGAAAAGUGAUUUCUUGCUGAGAAAAAAAUGAGCAAAACGGGCUCCAAAAAGUUUUCCUAUGAUUUCGACGGCGAGGAGGAAAAUGAGGAUUCUUCUGGGUCGGAUUUCGACGAAGAUGAAGAUCCUGAUGAAAUUGAGGUUCCAGGUGGAGGCAAGGAUCUAGCAACCGUAGCCACACUGACGCAGCUUAAAUCAACUACGGCACCGACUAGUAGCGUACCUUCUGCAAUGACCGCAUCGAACGUAUCGUCCAAGUCGACCGGUAAGAUUCCCAGCGGGUUGAUCACCAAAUCGGUUACCGCCGGAAACUACGAAAUGAUUAAACAACCUACCAUACUUCGACAACCCAGCGCUGGCAGCAGUGUAUUUGGAAUUGGAAGCAGUAGUGGGAUGAGCUCUGUAUCCUUUGCUGGUGGUAGUAAUAGUAGUAGUAGUAGGUCUAGCAAUAAUUUAGCUGGGUUGGGUGCGAGCACUACUAAGGCAGUGACACCCAGCGGUGUACCAGUCGCUAUGCUUCCACAUGGAGCAACCAGCAUUCUGGGAGGUUUAGGUAGCUAUUAUCCACCGAGUAUUGCCGGCCUGUUGGCACAAAUGAGCAUGGCAGCUACACUCGGGUUCGGUGGCAGUUCGUCAAUGAAUAGCAUGGGCCAGAUGACAAGUAACCAGAUCAUGCUUGAACACUUGAAAGCACUCGUUACUGCCAAUCCACACUACCUAACGAGUGGCAUACCGACAAAUCUGCUCUCACAGAUCUGGAUGGCGGAUCAGAGCAAGGUACCACAACCAUCGUUUAACUAUCUGAACCAAGUUCCUGAAGAGGAAGAAGCCGAAGAAGAAGAGUUAGGUGUUGCAGAAACGUACGCGGAAUAUUGGCCAGCCAAGUUAAAAAUCGGCAAAAAACAUCCCGAUCAGGUAGUAGAAACGGCAUCUUUGUCAUCAGUCGAACCAUCUGAUGUCUACUAUAAGCUAGCAAUUCCACCGGAGACCAUUAAUUCCGGUCAGUUGAGUGCGCUACAGUUAGAAUCAAUAACCUAUGCUAGUCAGGCACAUGAACACUUGCUCCCGGACGGUUCCCGGGCUGGUUUUCUCGUCGGUGACGGAGCCGGUGUGGGCAAAGGUCGAACGAUAGCUGGGAUCAUCCAUGAAAACUAUCUAAAAGGACGUAAAAAGUCUAUCUGGAUAUCAGUUUCCAACGAUCUGCGUUAUGAUGCAGAACGCGAUCUGCGAGAUAUUGGUGCCGGGAGAAUAAGUGUACAUGCGUUGAAUAAGCUUAAAUAUGCGAAAAUAAAUUCAACGGUAAACAACAACACCAAAAAGGGCGUUAUCUUUGGCACAUACUCAGCGUUGAUUGGUGAAUCUCAAAGCGUGGCUUCCGGCAAAUAUAAGACACGACUCAAACAACUUCUGCAGUGGUGCGGAGAAGAUUUCGACGGAGUAAUUGUAUUUGACGAGUGUCACAAAGCGAAAAAUCUUUGUCCCGUGGGUUCUAGUAAGCCUACCAAAACAGGUCUCACUGCGCUGGAAUUGCAGAAUAAGCUUCCUAAGGCAAGGGUUGUGUACGCUUCGGCAACCGGUGCGUCAGAACCUCGUAACAUGGCAUAUAUGGUACGGCUCGGUAUCUGGGGUCAAGGAACACCUUUUCCUACGUUUAUGGAUUUUAUUACGGCUGUUGAAAAAAGAGGCGUUGGUGCGAUGGAAAUCGUCGCAAUGGAUAUGAAACUACGAGGAAUGUACAUUGCCCGUCAGCUGAGCUUCCACGGAGUAACGUUCAAAAUCGAAGAAGUACCUUUGACGCGUGAGUUCAAGCAGGUUUAUGAUGAGUCGGUUGAAUUGUGGGUCCUUGCGAUGCAAAAAUUUACCGAGGCUGCAGAGCUCAUAGAUGCCGAAAAUCGCAUGAAGAAAACUAUGUGGGGUCAGUUUUGGUCGGCUCAUCAGCGAUUUUUCAAGUAUCUUUGCAUUGCAUCUAAGGUGAACCAUGCCGUCAAAGUCGCCCGCGAAGCAAUCAAGUAUGGCAAGUGUGUGGUGAUUGGUUUGCAAUCGACUGGUGAGGCCAGGACGCUGGAGCAGUUAGAAAGAGAUGAUGGGGAGCUUUCUGAUUUUGUGUCAACGGCAAAAGGCGUUUUCCAAUCACUUGUGGAAAAGCAUUUUCCAGCACCAGACCGGGGCCGUAUUAAUCGUCUCCUUGGAUUGGAGGGACCCAAAAAAACACAGUUAGAAUGUAUAUUAGAGGAUAUAGACUCAAAACCUUCCGCUAGCAGCGGUGAUCUCAAACGUAAAAAUAUAUUUGUCAAGACUGGUACUCAAGGAAAGACUAAAAAACCUCGUCGGAACUCUUCAGAUGACGAUUCAAAUAGUGACUCUCAGGAGUCGGAUGGUAAGGCAUCCGGCAGUGAACAUGAAGAAAGUAAUCAUGACUCUGAUAGUGCUCGCAGCAGUGAUUACAAUCCGUUCUACUCUGGUUCUGACAGUGAUGAUGAUCCGUGGGUGGGAAAGACGAGCAAACUCAAACCCCAAAAGCCAAAGACGCCAAAAAAGAAACCCGUAUCCACUCAGGAUAAAAUUCAAGCACAUCUUUCUAAGAGGCAAAAUGAAACGAAACCUGUGACGAUACAAGCUAGCAACGGUAUUUCCAUUCAGCUUGGGCCGCCGCCUAAAGAUGCUAUCGAACGGGCAUGCCAAAUGAAGGAUGAAUUGUUAUCAAAAAUAGAAAAGCUUGGAUCACGACUGCCUGCCAAUACGCUCGAUCAGUUGAUCGAUGAGCUAGGUGGACCUGAAAACGUAGCUGAGAUGACUGGUCGAAAAGGACGAGUCGUUCAAAGCGACGACGGUACAAUUCAGUAUGAGUCCAGGUCCGAGCAGGAUAUACCCCUGGAAACUCUUAAUAUUACCGAGAAAAAACGAUUCAUGGAUGGAGAAAAGGAUGUGGCCAUCAUAUCUGAGGCGGCAUCUAGUGGUAUUUCUCUGCAAAGUGAUCGACGCGUUCGUAACCAACGACGGCGCGUUCACAUUACACUCGAGUUACCCUGGUCAGCUGAUCGAGCCAUCCAACAGUUUGGUCGAACUCAUCGAUCCAACCAGGUCAAUGCACCAGAAUACAUGUUCCUUAUAUCUGAUCUUGCUGGCGAGCGAAGAUUUGCUUCAACCGUUGCCAAAAGACUCGAAUCCCUUGGUGCUUUGACCCACGGCGAUCGGCGAGCAACUGAAACGCGCGAUUUGUCACAAUUCAAUAUUGACAACAAGUAUGGCAGGUCAGCGCUGGAAUCGGUAAUGAAAACUAUUAUGGGGUACGACCAGCCGCUGGUUCCACCUCCUAGUGAUUAUGAAGGGGAUUUUUUUAAAGAUAUUGCCGGGGCGCUUGUGGGUGUCGGACUAAUUGUGAAUAGCGAGCACAUGCCCGGAGUGUUGAGCUUGGAUAAAGAUUACAAUAAUAUUUCGAAGUUUCUGAAUAGAAUACUUGGAAUGCCGGUGGAGUUGCAGAAUAGGCUGUUCAAGUAUUUUACUGAUACGUUAGCGGCUAUUAUUGAGCAGGCAAAAAAGCGCGGACGAUUCGAUCUUGGAAUUUUAGAUUUGGGAGCAGCAGGCGAAAACGUCACUCGUGUUAAAAUUACUAAAUUUAUUAGGAAGCAUUCGACCGGGGUAGCCCCGACCGAGUUGCACACUGUACAAGUGGAGCGUGGAAUGAUUUGGCAAGAGGCUAUCGAUAAAUGGGCUGAUUUGGGUAGCGAAACGGAAGGAUUCUAUCUGUCCAAGCAGGCCAGGAACGGCAAGCUCGCGGCAAUUUUGGCCGUCGAAAUAGAAAACACUGCUAGCACAAAGAAAAAGUCAAGCUUAAAGAGCAAGAAGGAUAUGAUGUUCCAAAUUUAUCGACCCAACACGGGUCUGCAAUUCAAGCAUGAGUCACUGGACGAGUUGGAAAAGAAGUAUAAGAAAGUUCUCAUUGACGAAGCUGAAGCUCACUGGGGCCAGCAGUACGACGCUUCGGUGAAUACGUGUUCCCACAGCUACUGGAAAGGAGUAUGCCGAUAUGUGACGUUGGGGCAGGACUGUGAGGUCGGACUACGAAGAAGAACAUACUAUGUGCUGUCUGGUUCGGUAUUAUCGGUGUGGUCACGGGUGGAAAACAGCUUGGCUUCUCGCGUUGGAAAUCAAAACCGUAUGCAAGUGAUCCGACUAAAGACGACAGAAGGUGUCAAAAUUGUUGGCACACUCAUACCGAAGAACUGUGUUGAACACCUAAUAAAGGAUAUGAGCAGCGAUUCGGAAAAGGUCGAGGAGCAAACAUUUGAUUGUAAGUAAUCCGGUUGAAACUAUUAUAGCAGAACCACCAUAUUUUAUAGUUACACGUGAUACUAUCGUUAAGGGUCGGGUAAGUGUAUAGAUAUUACUAGGCUGUUAAAAUUAUGAAAACCCAACGUCUCAAACGAUCAUAGAUAAACAGCUGGCCACAGGACCGUUUUCAAUCCGUACACCUUUAAUAAAUCGACUAUCCACCUACUGUAUAAACUGUAUAACAACAUAAAAAUACAAACCAAACAUUUCUUCAAGGCUAUGUUUAGUCUCUACAUAGCUGGGAAAUGAUAACAACAUUUAUAUAAGUGUAUGGGUGUGUGCGUUAAAUAACCGCAUAGUAAAUGUCUAUCAGUGUUCGAUAGGCGCAUUUAGGCUACCAUCGAAACUCUCGUUGAUAUCUCUUUACGACGCAAAAAAAAACAAAACGCAAAAAAGUCUAAGAACGUUCAAAUUAUGUGAAAUAUGAUUACAUUCGUAAAAAUGUGUUCGUUCGGUACAAUGCAUUAGAAGACAUGUAUAUUAUAAUGUGACACAUUUUAGGUUGUUCGUUUUAAUCAGAAUACAAUGUACAAAGCAAAUCAAUAGAACUUAGGUAUUAGGACUAUUAAGGUAACGAUGGCAUAAUAGCAAAUAAACUCGUUGUAACGAA